GUGGCUAGUCUUACCCUUCCCCGUUUUCACGUGAAACUGAUAAGCCUUUCCUCUUUAAAAGAUUUUUAAAUUAUUUGAUCAUCAUCAUCAACAACAACAAAUUUAUUUAAAAUGGUUAAAACUGUAGUUUGCGAUAACGGUACUGGUUUCGUUAAGUGUGGUUUUGCUGGUGAUAACUUCCCAAAGGCUACUUUCCCAGCUAUGGUUGGUCGUCCACUCUUGCGUGCCGAAGAAUCUAUUGGAGAUGUUGAAUUGAAGGAUAUUAUGGUCGGUGAUGAAUGUGCAAAGCUCAGAGCUGCUCUUGAAGUCUCCUAUCCAUUGACCAAUGGUAUUGUUACUAACUUUGAAGACAUGAUCCACUUGUGGGAUUAUACUUGGGAUCGUUUAAAGGUUGACCCAAAGGACAGUCAAAUCCUCUUGACUGAACCACCUAUGAAUCCAAAAGAAAAGACAAAGAAGGUUGUUGAAACCAUGUUUGAACAUUACGGAUUCCAAGGAUUGUACAUUUCUAUUCAAGCUGUCUUGACUUUGUACGCUCAAGGUCUCGUCACUGGUGUCGUUGUUGACUCUGGUGAUGGUGUCACUCACACAGUUCCUGUCUAUGAUGGUUUCAGUUUGGAACAUUUAGUCAAGAGAUUGAAUUUGGCUGGUAGAGAUGUUACCGACCACUUAAUCAAACUCUUGUUGAUGCGUGGUUAUUCAUUCAACAGAACUGCUGACUUUGAAACAGUUCGUCAAAUCAAGGAAAAGUAUUGUUAUGUUGGUUAUGAUAUGGCUUUGGAAAAUAAGCUUGCUUUGGAAACUACUGUUCUUAUGAAGAAAUAUACUUUGCCUGAUGGUAGAGUUAUUAAGAUUGGUGCUGAACGUUUCCAAGCUCCAGAAUGUCUUUUCAAUCCUGCUCUCAGUGAUAAAGAAGAAGGUGGUAUGCACUUGCAAGUGUUCGAAACUAUUAACAAGGCUGAUAUUGACUUGCGUACUGACUUUUACUCACACAUUGUCUUGUCUGGUGGUACUACUAUGUAUCCUGGUCUCCCAUCUCGUUUGGAAAAGGAAAUUACUGAUCUCUAUUUGAAGAAUAUUCUCAGAGGUAACGAAGAAGGUUUGAGCAAGUUCAAGUUGAAGAUUGAAGAUCCUCCACGUAGAAAGCACAUGGUCUUCUUGGGUGGUGCUGUCCUUGCUGAAAUCAUGAAGGAUAGUGGUGCUAAUUUCUGGUUGACAAAGAAGGAAUAUGAUGAACAAGGUUGUGCCAGAGCUAUCAAGAAGAUUAGACCAAACUUCUAAUUUCCCAAUUUUCCCCUUUUCCCAUUUUUCUUAAUUUAUCAUUACACCUGUACAAAAUAUCAAGAAUUAAUAUACGUUAAUUCUAUCUUAUUUAUUUAAAUAUUGUGUUAAAUUUUAUUUUUU